AUGACUGAUAAAGAUACACCACGAAAAGUGAACGAGUGCCGCACCGCCCGAGUUGCUGAGGUCCUCGCCGACUUCCGAGCACUCCAAUACUACAUCUCAGCUGGGCCUGUCGAGCCAGAAAACGAGGAGGACUACUACACUGAGGGAUGGGCCGCCCUGCGCCAAUGCACAAUCGACGGACAGUACAUUCUGGACGUUGCUGCUGAUACCAGGGUGCCUGCAGCGCAAGGUGGAGAGGAGGAACAGACCAGAGCCGAACUGCAACAGAUCUUGCUUGAUGCGUAUGCGCGCCGGCACGAGGGGCAGAAAAUCCUCCUGAGACAGGCGGCUGCACAGCGAUGGAUCGAAUACCGAGAUCAAAUACUACAGGGCCAAAGACCGCAUCCGGGGAACCAUGCCCAGCUGCAGGCUAUUGAUAACCAACUUCGAGCAGAGAUGGCUGCCAUCAGUGACGAAUAUGUGUACAGCGAGCUGUUGACGGCGGACCAAUCACAGGGACGCUGGACCAUGGAAGAUCCCAGCCUGCACAGAAUCCAGCGCUGGCUUCAAUCCCGACGACGAUGA